AUGAACGCUCGCAUGCCACUGCUGCUGCUGCUGUCGUCGCUUCAUGUCUUGCCGAUCGCACUAGCUGAAACGACUCCAGAAUGGGCCACGGCCUCCCACGUCGGCGGGAGCGGUUCCCAGCUGCGUCUAGUGCAUGUGGCCGUACUGUUCCGUCACGGGGAACGCGCGCCGCUUACGUCGUUUUCCGGAGACCCCAACCGGCACUACACGUGGCCCAUGGGACACGGGCAGCUCACCAACAGGGGUCGCCAGACCAUGUGGGCUCUCGGAAAAUGGCUGCGAGCGCGGUACGCGCACUUCCUCACCAGUGACGUGCGAGAGGUCAGUGCCAGAAGUAGUCCUGUACCUCGAUGCUUCGACAGUGUGGCGAUCCUCUUGUACGGCCUGUACCCAGCCGUCGACAAGGAAAGACAAUGGAAGCAUGGCCAGGACUGGCAGCCGGUGCCCAUCACGAGUGUGCCAGAUGGUACGGACAAGUACGCCACGCCCUGUCUGCCGCGCUUCCUAGAGAGCCUGAGCGCGCUGUACGCCACCGAAGUGCCUUUGUCCUUGGUUGGCGAGCAGGCAGCUAGACCGCCAUCGCCUCGCGCAGAACCCGAUCCGGCGACAGCGGGACCGCGAAGCUUCGCUACCGCAAGCAACAUAUUGGAGUUCGUGGCAACUGCGGCCAACGUCACCGACAAGCCCGGUGUGGCGCGAUUCAUGGCCAUUGCUCGCAUCGUAGAUGCCCUACUCGUGAUCCGCGAGAACGGCCUGCCACUGCCUGAGUGGGGCGCGAAGCACAUUCGACAGCUCAUUUGGCUCAACGAGAUGCUGGUAGAGCUUAUCGGAAAGUACCAGAAGGACAACAUGGCGGGCGCCCUGCUCAAGGACUUCGUAGCAAGCAUGAAACCCGGACAUGCUGGCGGAGGCGUGAUGCUCACGCAGGGACAAGACGAAACCAACAAGGCUCCCAAGGUGACGCUCUACUCCUACCACGACAUGAACGUCGCCGGCGCCCUUGUGGGCUUGAAUGGCACGCUGAGUGGCAGGCCUUCGUGCGGAGCCGCCAUCAUACUCGAAGUGUUUGCUCGCAGCGGCGCUUCUGACACCGCCGCCGACAAAUUCGUCAGGCUUUUGUACAAGGCGGGUGACCAACAUGCAACUAACAUUCCCGUUGAGGGCUGCGCCGACCCCUGUCCUCUGCAGAAGUUCAACGAGAUCCUUGAGCGCAAAUUCAAGCCAGUGACAAGGGCGCAGUGUGGUUGGAGCGAGCACCAGCCUCUUUUGUGA